UCUCCCCCUUCACCUUAAAAUUACCUCAACUCACACAUGGCUACCCCCCUUGUCAAAAAUAAAAUAAUAUUUUCAUUGGCAAAACAAUUUAAAAAGUCCCCCAAAAAACUGUUCCCGAAAUAUUUCGUAUCCGACAAUUUCAUUAAUUAAUUAAAAUUUCCCGAAAUUUUGGCAAUAUAAAAUAGAUGUGCUAAAUUAUUUUUAUUUCCUACUAUUUGUUAUCCUUGUAAUUAAGGUUUGCGUCCAGUGAGGGGAUAAUGGAAGAAAGUUUGAAAGAGCAGAUGCUAAUAAAGCUAACAUUUAACAAUUUAAGGAUCUUACUUUUACCUAUAGAUAGAAAAGCAUUGAUCUACAGAUAAGUUAACUGGAAGCUUUUAUCCAAAAGAUUAUUUUUCAGAGUUGAUUAAUAUUUUAAGUGACGAAUGAUUACAUGUCAAAAUCAAUUAGGUAUUCUAAACAAUAUAACUGUCGGUGGUAAGGGUUGGUAUAUCUCAGGGGUUGUCUUGAACGAUGUAUUUUAACUACAAAACGUGAAAUAAUGAAUAAUGGAUUAAAUUUAAAUAUUCUUUGUCAACACAAUGAAAAUAUUAUUAUACUUAUACAUUUUUCAUAAAUUGGCUGGCUUGGCGACUACUAUUUCAAAUGAAAAUUGUGUCCAAGAUGGAAGACUAUGUCGCAAGCCCCUUAGAUAUACGAGCUCUUCCCACUGGCAGCUAUUGUUUAACGGUUGUUCUGGCUUUGUCAAAUGUCAUCCAUUUUCAGUAAUACUAGUCAUGUUCACAUUCGUAAAACGUGUUUUAAAAAUCAUAAAAUCACGUUUCCUAAUCGGUUGAGCUGGCGAUGAACUAUCGUUUUGUUUACGCUUUGUUUUCUUAACCUCAAACUUUAUUAUAUAUCAAUUAAUUACAGGCAAAUAACCAUUACUACCGUGUAGUCUAUGUUUUCAUAGCGAAUGAGACAAAAAAUAUAAAUAAAUAAACACAUAACCUAACAAAAUGCUAAAAAAACAGAAUUAAUGAUUUUAAAGCGUAAAAAUAUACUCUUUUGAAGGGCCUAUAGAGCAAACUGAAUAAAUCCAGUUUUUAUUAAACUUAAGUUAGCGGCGGAUUUCAACCUAAUAAACUUUUGUAAAAUUCAGGGUCGAAAUCGAUGUUCGUGCUCAAACUUCGUCUUCGUGCGAUAUAGCCAUCAUAUCCACUAUUGUUGCACAAAGUACUAUUUUCAACGACCAGGAAAGCGAGACCUAUCGCACUAUUUAGUCUUAUGGGAAGUGCCCCAUAUCACACUCGUGUGCAUAAGAAUCUACUUUCCACCCGUGUGUGAAUAUGAAUCUUCAGAGUGACCGACGGGAACCUGACGUUUUUGGGAUGGCUAGUACUCAGCCGGUAAGAGGAGUAGGGAGCCGAAUUACAAGUAAUUAAUCUCGCCACAGUGUUGCCAGGUAUACCAUUUUUAUGGUAUUUAUAUCACUUUUUUUACUACGAUACCAAAGUUUUUAAAGAUACCAUUUUCCAUUUUUUUACCAUUUUUUGCCUACUGAUACCAUUUUACUACCACUUUUAGAUUUUUAUAUCAUUCAUUAUAAUAAUACGAGUAAAACAUAGCACUCUGCACAUCUCUACUCUACUAACAUUAACAAGAAUAGUCUUACAUCUCUACUAAAACACGCCAAAUAAUAGACGAUUGCAAAAAUGUAUCUAUUAUCGGGGAAUUCAAAAAUGAAGAGAAAAAUAUAUGGUCUAUUUAAAAAAAAUCGAUGACGUUGUAACGAAAGACGUGCAGUUGAAAAUAAAAAGCCAAAGCCCACAAAAAAUUCACUAAAAUCAGACGGAAAAAUGAGAAUAACCAAAAACAUACAUACACGUCACAUCUUUGGAUUUUUGUACUUACUUUCAGAGACAACUAUUACUUUCAUUUUUAUUUGUUCGUUAUGUGUGUAAAACUUCAUUAUUUCGUGUUAUCAAGUUUAUUCAAGAUACCAUUUUUUGUCAGUAAAAUACCAUUUUUUUAAGUGUCGGAUACCAUAUAUUUUUUUUUCAUCUGGCAACACUGUCUCGCCAUUCGAUGCCGUUUCAACUUUCAGUAGCUAUGGAGCGGUGGACGGUUGAACAUCGGAUGUUUGCGUAUGACGCAUUUGUGCAGAAUGGCGGGUCUAUUAUUACCGUGCAGCGACUUUUUCAUAUGCGUUUCAAUCGUAGGCGUCGUGGAAGCGUUCUAAACCGCAACACAAUUCUCAGUUGGGUUCAUAAUCUACGGACAAGAUCUAUUGUGAAAAAGAAGCCACCAGGUCCGACUAAGACAGCAAGAACACCAGACAACAUCGAGCGUGUGAGAGCUGCUGUGACUUGUAGCCCUGGGCGCUCUGAACGCAAACACGAGCGCGAACUAAGAAUGAGCCAUGAAUCUCUGCGAACAAUUUUACAGAAAUACCUAAAAUUUCACCCUUACAAGAUGUGUUGUUCAGAAGCUUGAAGAAAGAGAUUAUGCGCAGCGGCAGGAGUUUGCUUUUCGAAUGCAAGUGCUUUUGGAAGACAAUGAGAAUGCAGUCAUUAUCAUGAGUGACGAGGCGCAUUUCCAUUUGGAUGGGGGAGUUAAUGGACAAAAUUUACGGUACUGGUCCUCUGAGAAUCCCCGUAUCGUGCACGAAAAGCCUCUACAUUCAGAGCGUGUAACGGUUUGGUGCGCAACUACUCCAUUCGGCAUCAUUGGUCCUUAUUUUUUCGAGGACGAGAAUGGUUCAACUGUUACAGUGAAUGCCGAACGUUACUGCCAGAUGCUGAACACUU